AUGGAUUGGUUAAGUAAAAUUGAGCAUCAAAAUAUUGUUUCGCUAUUGGGUUACUGCGUUCAUGGCGAGGCAAGGUUUCUUGUUUAUGAGAUAAUGCAUAAUGGGUCUUUGGAAUCCCAAUUGCACGGCCUAACUUUUGGUAAGGAGUUUACGGCUGCAAUUGAAGCAAAACAAAUUGCUACAGAAGAAGCUGAGAGGGCCAAGUUUGUUGUUGAGAAAGCGAGCAGGACAAGAGAAGUGCUAUUAUUAGAGCCCAGGUUGAGCCACAUUACAAUUGAUUAG